CAGGCAUGCUCAAUCGAGCCGAGAGCAGCCGAACUCCAGCCGGCGGAGGUGGACGCUGCGCAGUUGCUGGAAAAGUAUAUAAUUUGGUUUACUGCUGACAGCGAAGACAGAAGAAAAUACAAUAAUGGUUUCAUCUCCAUUUGAAUUGCACCUGGUGCAUCUCGAUCUCAAGGGGGCUCCUCCCAAAGUCUCCUACCUGGCAGAGAUCUUCCCAUUGCUCCAUGUCCUGGGUGCAAAUGGUAUUCUCCUUGAAUAUGAGGAUAUGUACCCUUAUGAUGGAGAACUGAAGCCUCUCCGAGCAAAUGAUGCAUACAGUCCCUCUGAGGUUAAAGAGAUUUUAAAGCUGGCAAAGUUGCAUGAUUUAGAGGUUAUCCCCUUAAUACAGACUUUUGGACAUAUGGAGUUUGUUCUGAAACACAAAGAAUUCUGCCACCUUCGGGAAGUGGCAAUGUUCCCCAACACAGUGAACCCCCAUAAAGAGGAUUCCUUGAAGUUGGUUAGCACAAUGAUAGAGCAAGUGAUUGCACUGCAUGAUGAUCUCCAGUGGUUUCACCUUGGCUGUGAUGAGGUGUAUUACCUUGGUGAAGGGGAAGAGUCCAAGGAAUGGCUGCAGCAAGAAGAAAAUACUGUUGAAAAGUUGUGCCUAGCCCACAUGAAAGCAGUGGCCAGUCAUGUAGCCUCAGCCCAUCCCACAGUAAAGCCAAUUGUGUGGGAUGACAUGCUGAGGAAAAUGAGUGAAGAAACCCUGAGAGAUUCUGGGUUAGCACAACUGACAGAGCUGAUGAUUUGGGACUACACUCCUGAUCUUGAUGUGGAAAGUAAAGCAAGUCUCAUUGAAAAGUACCAGAAGUGUAACUUUUCAAAAUUCUGGUUUGCUAGCGCCUUUAAAGGAGCCACUGGAGUAAACCAGUGCUUGACACUCAUUGGACAUCAUCUUAAAAACCAUGAGCAAUGGCUGAAAGUAGUUGGGAGCAGUCCUGUUGGUAUCAUAAGAGGGAUCGCUCUGACUGGCUGGCAAAGGUAUGACCACUUCUCUGUUUUGUGUGAACUUCUGCCUGCGGGAAUUCCAUCCUUAGCCAUAUGUCUCCGGGCAUUAAAGAAUGGUGGCUAUUCAGAAAAAGUGAAAGAAGAUGUAGAAAAAUUACUGGGGCUGUCCCAUUUGGAAAUAGACACUUUCAUGAGUGACAUCACAGGGACUUUCCCAGGAAAUGAAAUUCUCUCACUUGUGACCCAAAUUGCAUUCUACCUCAAACCCUCAGUAGAUGAACUUCUGGAAAACAACAGAUAUGUUACAGGAUGGUUUAGUCCCUAUCACAGAAGAAGAAAGAAGAUCCAUCCCAUAAUGAUUCAUCACUUUCAACCAGAUGCCCUAAGGCUUCUGACCAAAUGGACUAUUCUGACCCAAGAGUUGCAAACAGCCAUGAAAAGGGUUUUCUACACCUCUGCUGUAGAAGAAUGGAUAGAAGAGAAUGUCCAGCCAAGCCUUCAGAGACUUCAAGGAACAGUAGAUGAUCUGAAUUGUGCAAUACAGGCACUGUCAUAGCAUUCUGAU